UGGAGUUUUGGAAAACGCCGGCUGCAUUGGACAGAAACACACUCGUGUAUCCGUGUUUUCUAAGGGUGACCUCCCUGGUGGAAGAUAACUGACAGCCCUGAGGGAAAUGCACACAACACCACUGCAAUUCCUGUCAAGUUAUCAUAAAAAGCUGCAUUGAUUGAGUCAGAUACAGCAGCUUGCAGAAACGUGCAGUAAGGCUUCAGAUAAAAGGGCACUUUCAAGCUGGGAAACCAAGCCAGUGGGGAAUUGUGUUUGCUUUGCUGCAUUGUCUCUGCCUGCGCAACACAGACUGAAAGACUACAGGAAGUAAUACAGAACCUUAUUACUCCAGUUUUGACAGAACAUCAAGCAGUAACUGUUCACAGUGCUUUGUACUUGGCAAUUUUACCACAGAAUUCCAGAGGAUAAAAACGGCACAAUUGAAAAAAAAUUGACAGAUAUUUUUAAAAAAAUCUGGGAUUGCUCUUAGUAUACAGAGGACUCACUGCACUUUGAACGGACACAGAAAAUGUUGAUUCCUUCUCUUUUUUUCUUCAGCUGCAGUCUCUCCCUGGGAGCAGGGGGUCACAAAAGUUUGGAUAAUACUGGAAAAAGGCAUUAUCAAAUACAGCAUGGGCCUUGCAGUUAUACCUUCUUGCUCCCCGAGGUGGACAACUGCCGCUCAAUGGCAAGUCACUAUGUGCCGAACACAGUGCAGAGAGACUCUCCAGAAACGGAUAGUGAUGCCUCUUUGCAAAGACUUCGACAACUUGAAAAUGUAAUGGAAAACAAUACACAGUGGCUGCAGAAGCUUGAAAGUUACAUUCAAGACAAUAUGAAGAGUGAAAUGGUGCAGAUCCAGCAGAAUGCAGUACAAAACCACACAGCAACCAUGCUAGAAAUUGGAACAAAUCUACUCACUCGGACAGCUGAACAAACCCGUAAAUUAACAGAUGUGGAAGCACAGGUUUUGAAUCAAACAUCUAGACUUGAACUUCAGCUUUUGGAAAAUUCUCUCUCUACCAAUAAAUUGGAAAAACAAAUAAUGAUCCAAACUAACGAAAUUACUAAACUACAUGAAAAGAAUGGUUUACUGGAACAAAAAGUCUUAGAAAUGGAAGAAAAACAUGCAGCUGAACUUGAAACACUGAAACAAGAAAAACAGCAGCUCCAAGAAUUAGUAACACGACAGAAUUCCAUAAUCGAGGAACUGGAAAAGCAGUUGGUUACAGCAACAUUGAACAACACAGUCAUUCAGAAACAGCAGCUUAACUUGAUGGAAACUGUUCACAAUCUGAUUAACCUCGUAUCCCCUGAUGGUUCCAAAAGCCCAUUUGUAAUCAAAGAGGAACAAAUCCACUUUAAAGAUUGUGCUGAUGCUUACAAAUCAGGACUUCGAGCAAAUGGGAUCUAUACACUUUUUGUACCAAACACCACUCAACCAAAACAGGCAUUUUGUGACAUGGAAUCCAAUGGAGGAGGAUGGACUAUAAUACAACGUCGUCAAGAUGGCAAAAUGGAUUUUCAACGCACAUGGAAAGAAUACAAAAUGGGAUUUGGUGAUCCUGCUGGAGAAUACUGGUUGGGAAAUGAAUUUACUCAUCAGCUAACUAACCAGAAGACCUAUGUCCUUCGCAUCCAAAUGUGUGACUGGGAAGCGAACGAAGGCUUUUCAUUAUACAACCAAUUCUACUUGGACAGUGAAGCACAGAAGUACAGAAUUCAUCUUAAAGGCUACAGUGGGACAGCUGGCAGGAUAAGCAGCCUCAGCCAUCUUGGAAAUUAUUUUAGCACAAAAGAUUCAGACAAUGACAAAUGCCUUUGCAAAUGUGCACAAAUGGCAUCAGGAGGAUGGUGGUUUGAUGCUUGUGGCCCAUCUAACCUGAAUGGAUUAUACUACUCAGCGGGUCAGAAUACAAAUAGAUUCAAUGGAAUCAAAUGGUACUACUGGAAAGGGUCAGGAUACUCUCUCAAAGCUACAACUAUGAUGAUCAGACCUGCAGAUUUCUGAUUAUAAUUCUUGUACAUAUUUUUGUCAGUUGUAUAAAGAUAUUUCUUUCAGGAAGUCUGUAAAAACAUAAUUCAUACUAUAUUUAAAAUGUCAACUAAUAUGUACACCAUGCAUUAAUAUUUUACAUUGUUUGAAAGUCAAGAAACCAGGUCCUAAUGAACAAAGGAAGGCAAACUUGCCUGUGAAUGGCCUUGCAUAUUUACUUUAUUGUAGUCAAUUCCUUUUUAUGAAGAAGCAUUAAGUAAACGGAGAUAAACACUGGGAAUACUAAAAUAUCAACCGAAAUUAAAUCCCUGCAAGAGAGGUUGAUUCGCUUCUUGGUGACACUACUAAAUGUAGUCAUGUAGGAAAUUAAUUACUUUCCAGUUCAGAUGGUAUAUUAAUGAGUAAUGAAUACUUGAUCAUGACCACGCUUACAUUUCAAUAGGUUUCUAUUGUUCUUCAAAGAAAAAAAGAACUCAAAUAAACAAAAACUGGAAUUAUGAAAGAUUAAAAAUAUAAUUAAAAGAACCAUAUUUUUUAAGAUUUAAGGUAUCUUUUAUUUCAAAGUAAUUAUCUUGCUCAUCAGUGAGCUUUUGUUUGAAACUUGCAAACGUUUUCCCCCUCACAGGCCAAAGUAUAUUACACCAAGUUAAUUUCUUUUGAAUUUUUUUUUUCAUUAUCCAACAGAGGCAUAUGUUCCUGAUAUGUUCCAGAAACUUUAAUUCCACAUACAAUUUUAUAUUGUCAUCCAUUAGAAAAGAAAAAUUAAUGAUGCUGUCCCUUUGCAAUGCAAUUUUAACUGGUUAACUGAUGUAUUUAAUAACUUGUUAUGCAUUACAUUCUGAGUUCUUUAAUUUGAAAAGAGCAGAGAUCAAUGAAACACAAAAAAUUGUUGUGCUUCUAAACAGUGCCAGGUUAGAGACAGAUUGAAUGGUUAGGAUGUGAAGAUUUUUAGGUGAUAUUUGAACUUAAUUAAAGAACAUUUUUCUGAUUAACUUCUUUUAUGGAUGUUGAAUGAAGAGACUCCCAAAUUAGUAAAAAGACGUCUGAGUGAUUAGGGACUUCAAAAUCUUAAAUAUUCCUAUAAGUUUGGGAAGCUGUUAAUUUUAUCAUAUUGACUUCCAUGAUUUAACAGUGUCCUAUGACAAAACUAACUUAGUAGCAAAUACUUGUUCUUCAGAUAUCAUUGAAGAAACCUUCCACAAUAACUAUGGACGCUAAUUUUGAUCAUUGCUUUUUGAGUCUUGUCCAGAGAGAUAGUUAGUUAACUACAUGGAAAUCAAAGAUAAUGGGGAGAAUCCAGAAAGUUGCCAAGAUCAAAUAAUCCACGUUCUUAUGUAAUGGUGUAACAUGCUUGAGGGACCAUCUGGCCUAUUUAUGCUCCUAGUUACACUCCUCUUCAUUGUCUAAUCUAAAUAAUUCUGGAGUGUAGUUCAUCAAAUUAUUAUUUCCUUAAAAAUACAUAUAAACGUAAGUACUAUAUUGAGUUUUGCUUCAAUAAGAGAAUAGAAUUUCUUAAGUAAGAUAUUCAAAGGAAUCUUUCAGGAAAAACCAUGCACAUGCCUCAGUAUGUGAAACAUGAUUCGGUUGAACAACCACCAAUGUGCGAAAUUUACUGAUUCUCAAUGCUCAUGCAGAGACUGGUAAAAUAAAAUUGAAACUGCAAGCAACCAAAGGACCACAGAAACCCAUGGGUCAACAGAAUUAGUUUAAACCUUCAGUAGUUGUGAAUGAGAUAUUUGAAAUUUCAUGUGCCUCAAAAAUCAGCACUUGUCAAAUAGAUCUCAGACUGAUCACACCAGAACAAUCUUAAAGUUAAAGCUAAGCUUUGACAAAUGAAAGCAAGACAUAGAUCUGCUCGAAGAGAAAAAAAACACAACACAAAGUUUUUUAAAAACAUAUUAAAAGUAUAACAUGACAUUUGUACAACUCGCUUUCUCUGAGCUUCAUAUUGCUCUCAACAAUACUUCAUACAGUUGCUCAUA